AUGUGCUCGAAUAUCAGAAUCAUUGAGAGAAACAAUAGCGCACAAAUAGAUGUCCUCCUCUAUGAUCAUGUUCUAGCACACAUAAUUCUUGACACGAGGAUGGAGCCAUCAUCGGUUAGGCAAUUUUCAAUAAACAGCUUGGGAAACAACCAAAACUCAUCUGUUAAGGUUUUUGUUAACUCUAGGAAGGUGGACUUCGCAUACGAGCUUAUACUUGGAUAUGUUCUAGGAUGUGUGGGGAUUGAGGAGUAUGACUGUAAAGUCUAUUUAUUCGAUGAAAUCGAUGACUUGUGUGUAUUAAAGAAUCUGAUAUUCGCAAUAGAUGAGAAGUUCAACAUAGAACUGAAGGCCUCUUCGGAGGAUGGCAGAAUAAUGAUUGCUCUAAGGGGGAAGAUAGUCUAUGAGACAACUGCAAUGAUAUAA